GAUUUAUUUCUCAAGGCUGUGGUGGACGGCUUUGAUACGAUGGAACGUUACCUCCAGCGAGAAAAUGUAAACAUAGACUGUGUUACAAGGGAAGGAUGGAGUGCGUUGAUGAUAGCUGUGUUUCUGCAGGACAAAGAUACAACAGAGUUAUUGAUUCUCAAAGGUGUACAGAUCAAUAUGGUAAACAAAGAAGGUUGGAGUGCUGCAAUGAUUGCGUGCUUAAAAGGAGGUACAGAAAUUUUAGGUAUGCUUAUAAAAAACAAAGCGGAUUUGGAUAUGAAAAAUGAUGAAAACUGGAAUGCGUUGAUGAUCGCUUCUUUUAUGGGAUAUAAAAGUAUUGUUGAAAUGAUCCUUUUUGGGUACGAGGAAGUGGAUGGACAAAACAAUGAGGGCUUUACUGCUAUGAUGCUGGCAGCUCAAAAUGGUUUUACGGAUGUUGUAGAGGAAUUGUUGAACAACGGCGCUGAUGUGAAUAGAGUUAAUAAUAAUGGAUGGAGUGCUUUAAUGUUAGCAACGGUUAGUGGUCAUGUGAAGACUGUAGACGUGUUGCUACAGCGAGAUAUAAACAUUGACGUCGUUGAUAAGGAAGGAUGGAAUGCGUUCCUGCUAGCUUCAGUAGUGGGGCAUGUUAAAAUCAUCAGAAUGCUUCUGGAGAGAGGGUGUGACGCGCUUUCUCGUGGAGCAUUCAGUAGAAAUGCUUUGAUGUUUGCUGCGCAGAGGGGACACACUGGUGCCGUGAAAGUAUUGCUUGAGGAAACACACAUUGAUCUAAAAUGUGUCGACAGUUUUGGUUUAAAUGCUUUGAUGUUGGCAGCUAGAAAUGGACAUGACGCAGUUCUCUGUGAUAUUCUCUAUACAGUAGAGGCUGAUUGUGUGAAUACUAAGGGAGAUAACGCGCUAAUUCUAGCCACAGAACAGGGAAACGCUAGUACAGUCAAGUUACUUUUAGACAAAGGAACAGACGUAAAUUUAGUAAAUAACGAUGGGUUCAAUGCCCUCAUGAUAGCAGCAAAACAUGGAUACGUCGAGAUUAUAUCCGAGUUGUUGAAAUGGAAUUGUGAGUUAAACAUCACAUCAAAGAGAGGCCAAAAUGCCCUUAUGAUUGCUUCAGCGUACGGACAUUCAGCUGUUGUGAGACUGUUGCUUGAACUACAUAAAUUUAACGUCAAUGCUGUUGACAACGAAGGAUAUAACGCGUUAAUGUUGGCAUCAUAUUUCGGUCGAUACGAAACCGUGGAGCUGUUACUACACGAAGAAUCGAUUCGAGUUAACUACGUUGAGAAAGAUGGUUGGAGUAGUUUGAUGCUGGCUGCCCAGGAAGGACAUUCAGAUGUUGUUCGGAGUUUGCUCAACCAGCGAGCAGAUGCAAAUAUUUUGAACAUGGAAGAUUUUAAUGCGUUAAUGCUUGCAUCAAAAGCAGGUUGCGACUCAGUAGUUGAAGUGUUGAUGAAAGACACACACGUCGACCUUUUGAGGAUAACAGAAAAAGGGAGAAAUGCGUUAAUGAUAGCAGCGUUGCAUGGUAAAACAAAAGUAGUAGAGCUGCUGUUGAACACAAAUAUUGAUGUUACUGAUACGGAUAGAGAUGGGAUGAACGCUUUAAUGCUGGCCUCGUUUUUUGGACAUGAUGAUGUAGUGAAGCUUCUACUUCGAACAAAUAAAAUUGAUAUGAAUCAUGUUAACUUUCAGGGUUGGAAUGCGUUAGUUUUAGCCAUGGUUAAAGGAAACAACAGCACGAUAGAGAUUUUACUGGACUACGGUAUUGAUAUCAACCAAGGGGCCCAAAACAAUUGCAAUGCGCUAAUUUUAGCCGCGCAAAAUGGAUACACGGAUGCAACACAAAUUUUACUACGCUACGGAGCGGAUGUAAAUUUAGUUGACAAUGAUGGGUGGAACGCGUUGCUGAUGGCGUCAGAAGGGGGUCACACAAGAAUUGUUGAGUUGUUGUUAGAAGCCGGUGCUGAGGUAAACUCCCAAGGUAAGGAUGGAAGCAACGCUCUCAUGUUAGCUGCACAAGAAAAUCACAUCAGCACAGUUGAAGUACUACUGGAGCAAGGGAUCAACUUAAAUAUGACUGAUGAAUAUGGGGAAAAUGCUUUUAUGGUUGCGGUUAAAAAAGGAAAUCGAGAGAUUGUAGAUAUACUUUUGGGAAGCAAUAUUGACUUAAGCUGCGUGUCAACAAAUAGUAUGACUGUUCUAAUGAAGGCUUCAGCUAAAGGGCAUGUGGGUAUAGUGGACCUGUUGUUAAAACAUGGACUGGACGUCAAUUUUAAAAAUGUAAACAAUUGUACGGCGAUCUAUUAUGCUGCCGAACAUCUUCAUUUCGAUGUCUACAGACUGCUGAUUAAAAAUGGUGCCAACCUUGAAGAAAAGAACAAACUAUUAUGGGACGUUUUAUUUUCGUUGACUGAAAACUUGGCAGAUUAGCUGCCCUUUUUCAAGAUAUUUUUUCUAAAGUAAAAC